AUGGUACCUGCUUCCAACGUCUUACCAAAGCUAUGCGAAGAGCAGCAAAAUGUGGUAGACAUCGUUUUGGCUGGACGCAAUGUCUUUUUCACCGGCUCAGCAGGCUGCGGCAAGUCUACUGUUUUAGAAGCUGUCGUGAAAAAGCUAGAAGCAAAACACAAACAAGUUGACGUCAUCGCUCCCACUGGCCGGUCUGCACUUCAAGUCCACGGCAUGUCGACUUGGUCUUACAUGGGCUGGACACCCGACUUUCACAAGUACUCUCUGGAAAGACUGAAAAGUGAGGGAUUUCGCACUUAUGUCGCGGCUCGUCUGAGACGUACUAAAGUUCUUAUCAUUGAUGAGAUAAGCAUGGUUGAAAAUCACCAUUUGGAACGCAUAAAUAUCUGUAUGAAGGAAGUCCGAUGCUGGAACCCUGAUCUCAAAGGUCCUGCUAGCGACGCUCCAGCCUUUGGAGGGGUUCAACUAGUGGUGACAGGAGACUUCUGCCAACUACCUCCUGUGAAACCAUUCCAGUUCUGUUUGAACUGCGGACUGGAAACAACCCUCGAUAGUGACGGAAUGAGGUAUGAUUGUCCUGCAAACCAUGGGCCGUUCAUGGACGAGGACAAAUGGGCGUUCAGGAGUGCUGCUUGGGAAGAAGCAGGGUUUACUUGCAUCAACCUCCAAGAAAUCCAUCGUCAACGUGAUGCUUAUUUCAUCAAGAUGCUUCAGAAGUGUCGAUUUGGAAUACCAUUCACGAUGGAUGAGAUUACAACGCUGAUGAAUCAUCCCCACAGGGUUGAUAAGGCUACAAAACUCCUUUGCACAAGGCACGAGGUUUCCACGAUCAAUUCGAAUAGUUUUCGGAAGCUCAAGACCCCUGUCUAUAUGUACAAAGCCUUGGAUGGCUUCGAAUGCUGGCAAAAACAGCACCUGCAGUUCGACAGCUAUACCACUCGUGAUGCCGAUGGACAUCUAUUAGCAUGCAAAGACCACAGGUUAGAGCCUAGCGUGUUGUUGAGGGGAGGCAUGCUUGUCAUUUUACAGGUGAAUCUUGAUAUCAAAGGUGGCCUCGUCAAUGGAAGCCAGGGCAUCAUCUGUGGCUUUGAAGAAUUCGACCUUUUGAAGUUUUUAGACGGCAAAGGUAACAAAGACCGGACGCCUUCGUUUAAUCUAUUCAGCGGGAAACAUGGAAGGCUGAAGCGAAGACAAGUGACGGAAUUUAUGAAAGUACAACAGAAGACAGGAGAAGAACGUAUGGAACCGACCGCAAAGACGUUCUGGCCACGAGUUCUAUUCCACAAUGGAAUCAAGUGCAGCAUUUAUGCUGCAUGUGUUGUCAAUGCUAUUGGCGAUGAAGAGCCAUACUCCGUCUUGCACAGAACUCAAAUCCCACUGAUACCUGGUUGGGCAAUGAGUGUCCACAAAAGCCAGGGUAUGACCCUAGACCGUGUUAUCAUAGAUCUGUCCAAAGCUUUUGUGGCAGGCCAAGUCUAUGUCGCUUUAUCAAGAGCAACAGGCCUCGAAGGUCUCAGGAUCGACGGUGAUAGAGAGGCACUGACAGCAUUAUUGGAAGGCGACAGGUCUGUGCAGGACUUUUUGCAGAAUGAAUUCGGAGUGAAUCCUUGGCAUGACUACUACCGAAUUUCUUAA